AUGUCGAAGCGCCGUAAGUCUUCAAAACCCGAUACCUUCUCCGUGGAAAGUUUGUGCGAUGAAGCUGAAAAAGAAGUAAACCAAGAGGUAACCGCUGCCAAAAUCUUGAACGAUCUUGGUUCCAUCAAGCUGGAUGCAGUAGAAAAUGUUCCUGUUGUCGUUAUUCUUUGUGCUCUGAUUGUCAAAUUUGGUGUAUCCAUCGUUUGUGCUAUGGCUUGUGUUGUACCAUCAUUGCGCAUUUUACCUACGUCUGUCUGUUGUGAAGUCCUGAAGCUACUAUGUCCUUCAUUGCCUGAGGAUGAAGCAAAUAACAUUUAUCAAUGCUUGUCAAACAUGCCCAACCAUUUCGGCUCAAACACCAGUAAGGUCCAUGUUUUUGCACCCCCAUGCAGUCGUUGUCUUGAAUGUGACUCAAAUCUUGUACGUCAGAACGAUCCCGUAGAGAUCAAGUAUAAUACUCUGAAUGGGACAAACGAAGGUAUAAAAGUUUCCCUCAAAUGCAAUAAGUGCAGUAAACGUUAUGGCUACGCAAAAUUUGGCAACCCAACAGAUGGCUGGAAAUUGUACCCUGAGUCCAGAAGCUCAGUUGAGACAUCAGAUGUAUGUUUUGUGGAUCGGUCACUGUGA